UGAGGGGAGGCCCGGAGCCUUUCUGGGGCCUGGGGGAUCCUCUUGCACUAGUGGGUGGAGAGAAGUGCCUGCAGCCAACCAGGGUCAGGCUGCGCUCACAGUUUCCUCCGGCGGCAUGUAAAGGCUCCACAAAGGAGUUGGGAGUUCAAAUGAGGCUGCUGCAGUCGGCCUGAGGCUGGACCCCGAGCCCUGAGCAGUGCUGCCUGAGUUCUGGACCUGCAGAGCAUGGCACUGAGGCAGCUGCCGGCCCCCGCCGGAGAAGGCAGGCCGUGAGCCGCCGGCAGGACCCCCGGCCAGCCCCCCGCCCUGUCCGGCUGGCUGCAGCCCCGCGGUGGGGGCAGAGCAGAGCAAGCAGAGGCCAGUGAGGCAGGGCUGCUCGGCGGCCGGGCCGGCCUGCGACGCGGGGACCCCUCUGGGAGGCCAUGGCCAGGCUGCCCUGCUGACGGCCGAGGUGAAGCAUGUGAGGAGCUGCCCGGGAGCCAGGCAGGAGGGAAGAGGUUUUCAUAGGCUCUGUUCACCAAGAAGAACCAUCAUUGUGCAAGGACCAUGCGGCCGCUGUGCGUGACGUGCUGGUGGCUGGGACUGCUGGCCACCCUGGGAGCUGCUGCGGGCCCGAAGGAUGGCUUGGAGGGCACGGAGGAGGGCUCGCCCAGCGAGUUCAUCUACCUGAACCGGUACAAGAGGGCUGGCGAGUCCUCGGACAAGUGCACCUACACCUUCAUCGUGCCCCAGCAGCGGGUCACGGGCGCAAUCUGCGUCAACUCCAAGGAGCCCGAGGUGCUCCUGGAGAACCGGGUGCACAAGCAGGAGCUGGAGCUGCUCAACAACGAGCUACUCAAACAGAAGCGGCAGAUUGAGACGCUGCAGCAGCUGGUGGAGGUGGACGGCGGCAUCGUGAGCGAGGUGAAGCUGCUGCGCAAGGAGAGCCGCAACAUGAACUCGCGGGUCACGCAGCUCUACAUGCAGCUCCUGCAUGAGAUCAUCCGCAAGCGGGACAACGCGCUGGAGCUCUCCCAGCUGGAGAACAGGAUCCUCAACCAGACGGCCGACAUGCUGCAGCUGGCCAGCAAGUACAAGGACCUGGAGCACAAGUACCAGCACCUGGCCACGCUGGCCCACAACCAGUCGGAGAUCAUCGCGCAGCUGGAGGAGCACUGCCAGCGGGUGCCUGCUGCCCGGCCCAUGCCCCAGCCGCCCCCCGCCGUCCCUCCCCGCGUCUACCAGCCGCCCCCCUACAACCGCAUCAUCAACCAGAUCUCCACCAACGAGAUCCAGAGUGACCAGAACCUGAAGGUGCUGCCGCCCCCUCUGCCCACCAUGCCCACCCUCACCAGCCUCCCGUCCUCCACGGACAAGCCGUCGGGCCCCUGGAGAGACUGCCUGCAGGCCCUGGAGGACGGCCACGACACCAGCUCCAUCUACCUGGUGAAGCCAGAGAACACCAACCGCCUCAUGCAGGUGUGGUGCGACCAGAGACACGACCCCGGGGGCUGGACCGUCAUCCAGAGGCGCCUGGAUGGCUCCGUCAACUUCUUUAGGAACUGGGAGACGUACAAGCAAGGGUUUGGGAACAUUGACGGCGAGUACUGGCUGGGCCUGGAGAACAUUUACUGGCUGACGAACCAAGGCAACUACAAACUGCUGGUGACCAUGGAGGACUGGUCUGGCCGCAAGGUCUUUGCCGAAUAUGCCAGCUUCCGCCUGGAGCCUGAGAGCGAGUAUUAUAAACUUCGGCUGGGGCGCUACCAUGGCAACGCUGGUGACUCCUUCACCUGGCACAAUGGCAAGCAAUUCACCACCCUGGACAGAGACCAUGAUGUCUACACAGGAAACUGUGCCCACUACCAGAAGGGCGGCUGGUGGUAUAACGCCUGUGCCCACUCCAACCUCAACGGGGUCUGGUACCGCGGGGGUCACUACCGGAGCCGCUACCAGGAUGGAGUGUACUGGGCUGAGUUCCGAGGAGGCUCCUACUCGCUCAAGAAAGUGGUGAUGAUGAUACGGCCCAACCCCAACACCUUCCACUAGGCCGGCUCCCCUCCUGACCUCUCGUGGCCAUCAGAAGCCUGCCGGCCGGCCUGCUGACCCCAGCGCGGAGAGCACCUCGAGGCCAGGAGGACCGGACGCUGGACUGUUCUCCCAAGUCACUGCAGCAGAUAAUGGAACUGAAUCGAUUCGGUAUUCUCGGUCCCUGCUACUUUUCUCCACGUCAGACAGCCCCUCACGUUUCCAGACAGGACAGGAUGGCAGACAAGUCUUUCCUUAAAUAAAUUAAGUCCUUACAAUAAAAACACAACUGCAAAAUACCUUCAUAAUAGACACGGUGUGUGGGCCAACCUCGUGCACUUGUGUGUCCUCCAUAUAUGCAUUUAGAUAUAUACACGUGUCAUAUAUCUAGAUACAUAUACAGGUUUGCCUUACCUGCCUAAAUACACAUAUAUUCAACUCUCAGAUGUUGAGGCUGUUAACAACAGCUCUGCUCUUAGGAGAAGGGCAUUUCAUUCAUGCUGUGUUCCUUGAGCCUAAGAACAGAUCGUGGACUGUAGUAGCUCCAAUUCAAAGAGUAAUCCUUGGCAUCACAAGCCUGGAUUCUUCCAGGAAUGUCUAAGGGCUGUCCUCUCGCUUAGGGGUUCCCAACUUCCACUCUUAACAUCUCCUUUUGGCAUCUAAUCCAAUUUCAAAAUCCCCGUCCCUCUCCAUUUCUACACCUUUCCUCGUUCUCAGGACUUUUCAUCACCCAUCCAUCCAUCCAUGCUUCCAUCCAUCCAUCCAUCCAUCCAUCCACCUGCCCGUUCAUUCAACGCCAUUCGUGAAGUGCCUUCCGUGCCUCGGUCUUGGGCCACUCGUAUUCUAGGCACCUCUUCUGCUCUCUCUCCGUCUUGCCUAUGUACCCCUUACCUUUUCUGUCCCCCUGUGCUUCCUCUCCAGGCAAAAUUCCUUAGCCUCUGAGUAGAAAAUAGUCUGGACUCCAUGUGGCCAGGAAAGGGAAACUCAGGCCCCAAAGCUAUCGGUCCCACGGAUAAUGGUACCUGCAGUCUUGUUUCUUCUAGUCACACUUUAGCCUACCUGUCAUUUUAACUUUCAGAGAAAUGAUAACCUCCCUUGCCAGCAGAUAUUCAAGUGAAAAGAAGUCAUCAUCCAAUUACUGGGGCCCCAAAAGGCUACCGACCAAAGGUCCUGGGCUCUCAGGCCGACUAGAGUCCACAUCCCGUCUCCAAACUACACUUCCCCGGAGAACAGGUGCCAGGAAAUGAGAAGCGGCCCCCUUGUCUGAGUUACUGAAUAACCAGGGGCCACGGACCCCUUCGGUCCACAGCAGCACGGUGGCUUUCUGAAUCCUCUUGGCCACGAAGCGGCAGGCUCAGUGCUGCUGGAACUCUUGCCAAGCAGGGAGCGAGGGAUGAAUGAGAAGGUGAGACCCUCCCGGAGGGCGUGUGGGUCGGGGCGUGCGAGAUGUUGGAACGUUUGGUACUGUCCGCGUCUGGCUGUGUGCCUAUUACCUCAGCAGUCUCACAAAGUGUACCAUGUAGCACGUUUUGUGUACAUAAAAGGGAGGGUUUGUUUGUUUGUUUGUUUUUUAAUAUAUUCCCAGAUUAUCCUUGUAAUGACACAAAUCUGCAAUAAAAGCCAUCCGUGCUGUUUGGAUGUAUCCAC